AUGACAGAUGAUGGCGAUAUUCAACAGCGGAUUCUGCAGCGAACCCUGCAAGAGGUAGCACAGGAGCACCAGCAGGAAGAUGUAUCGGACCCAUGCGUCAUUUGCCUGGAACCCAUCACAGAACCUGCUGUCGCAGUGUCCUGCAAUCAUGCAAACUUUGACUUUUUGUGUCUUGUGAGCUGGCUGGAACAGCGUCGCAAUUGUCCUCUCUGUAAGAGUGGCGUCUCCUCGGUCAAAUACAAUCUCGAGCAUCCCGACGGCCCAAAAACCUACCAGCUCCCAGAUCUCCCUCGGUCGUCGGAAAAUGUAGCCUCUACAGGGCAUAUUAACCCAUAUGGCCGACUACACCAUCGGAAUCCCCGUCGCCCGCGACACCCGCGAAGUCCCCCGCGACGAGCCCCAGAUGACCCCCUCCUCCGUAGACAACAAGUCUACCGCAACCGCCUUUACUCCCUCCGUGUUGGUUCGAAUCGCCUCUCGCAGUACCGCGAAUUCACACCGGAGAUGUUCAACAGGGAUGAAGAGCUAGUUUCGCGAGCGCGCAAAUGGAUCCGAAGAGAGCUUCUGGUCUUCGAGUUUCUUCAUCCUGACACCCAAACGGAUUCCUCUACUGUGACUCGACCGGGGCAACAGCGGCUUGAAAACCGCCGUGGAAACAACGCCGAGUUUCUUCUCGAGUAUAUCAUUGCUAUUCUCCGUACCGUCGAUAUUAAAGGCAGCGCGGGGCAGGCCGAGGAGCUCCUCAGGGACUUUGUAGGACGGGAUAAUGCGUCCUUAUUUCUGCAUGAGCUCCAGGCUUGGCUAAGAAGCCCCUUUAUCUCUUUGGAAGAUUGGGACCGCAACGUUCAGUAUGGCGAUGUAGAUACAAGCACUCAAAGGACCCGUCAGGACUCCGCGGCUUCUCAUCGGACGCCUACUCCAGUUUAUAGAGGCGGCGCACGGGCUUCUCGUGGCCGAAUUGGCAAGCCGCAGUACCAUCGUCGUCCACGGCAUCAAGACAGAGCUCGGGAUUCUCUUGCCAGAAGAGUACAGCAUGCGCGGGACCGUUAUGUGCCGGACUGA